AUGGAUACAGGCAGCACCCCUCCCUUGAGCCCCCCUUUGCAAAAUUCGUCGUCCCCGCGAGACCAAGAACCGGAUGAUAUCGAGAACCUGCUGAAGUGGGCUGAAGCUCGCAGGGAACGGAAGAUAAGAGGAGAGUAUGAAUCAGCCGUGUUGCAUCUGUCAGAGUUGAUCAACAACAAUCUCUCGACGCCGUUGCGUGUACACUCGGUACGCGUUGAAGGGGCUGAAAAUACCCGGAAUUCGUUUAUCGGAUUCUUGGUGAAACCUUUGAUACCGACGGCGGAGGGCAGCAAUGUUGAAGAGGUUCUUCAUGCGACGCGCCGGAUUUCGGAUCUACUGCAGCGGGCAGAUAUCUUUGCGUCGGUGGAGGCACGCCUUGAGCAUGCAAAAGAUGUGAUGGCGAGCCCGCGAGAUGUCGACGUCGUCGUCAAGACGAAGGAAAAAGGCCGUUUUUUCGUCAAGUCCGCUACGGAGUUUGGGAACAACGAAGGCAGCGCGAGUAUCACUGCACGUGUACGGAAUGUUUUUGGAGGCGCGGAGAUGUUUGAAGCGAACGUUUCCACUGGUACGACGACGAGGCAGUCUUAUCACGGAACACUGUCAGCGCCGAUUACGCCUGACCUCGCCACGCGGGCAGAACUUGCUAUUUUUGCGAUGCAGCGGGACAAUACGGGUUUUGCGAGUUGCUGGGAGUCUCUUCAGGGCCUCAAGGCUAUUCUCAGGAAUGGGACUCCGACGACAGGGAUACAUGAAUUGGCUUAUGAGGGAGUAUUGAGGAAUAUUGGAGGGUUGACGCCGACGGUGUCGAUGAGCAUGCGGCAUGCUGCUGGUACGACAUCCAAGUCGUCUGUGUCUUACGCGUACACGCUGGACACCCGAGACGAUAGGAUUAGCGCGUCGCGAGGCGUAUACGCUAAGCUGUACCAGGAAAUGGCCGGCUUGGGUGGCGACGCAACGUUUUACAAGGCCGAAGCAGAGACACAAGUUUCUCGCUCUCUUCUGUCAGGAGUGUCGGCUUCUUUGGCUCUCCGUUCCGGACUGAUGUUUGGUAUUUUGCGACCGACGUUGUUCUCUGACCGGUUCCAGCUUGGGGGACCGAUGUCUGUUCGUGCAUUUAAGCCUAACGGUCUUGGUCCGAGGGAUGGACAAGAUACAUUGGGAGGCGAUAUGUAUUGGUCUGCUGGAGUGAGCGUCGUCUCAAAUCUGCCUUUGAAGCCGGAUUGGCCCCUGAAAACGCAUGCAUGGAUAAAUGGUGGGCGAUUAGACAACAUGGAUAAAUCUCGUUCGGUGAUUGAGAAUGUGAAAGACAUGGUAACGCGACCGUCUGUCUCAGCAGGGGUUGGACUCAUUUAUCGGUUCGAUCCGGUAAGGGUGGAGGUCAAUUUCGGACUGCCUCUGGUGGCGAAUAAAAGUGAUGGUCUUAGGAGAGGUAUUCAAGUUGGGAUCGGACUUGAAUUUCUGUAG